CAGCCCCUGCGCUCUGCCCUCCUCCGUGGAGAGCGCUCCUGCUGGACGCGGCGUUUCCGCAGCGGCGGGAGUGGACGGGCACGGAGUCGGCGGACCCAUCUCCAUAGACCCCGCCGGCCGGGGCGGGGAGAGGCGGGCGAGGCACGAGCGCCCGGCAGCGCGGAGAGCGGGGCGGGCGCCGAGCGCGCUGGAGAUGCCGAGCGCCCCGCGCCCUGGCACCAUGGUACCCGCCGCGCCUCCUCGCCGGCCCCGGGCUUCGCUCUCGGCUCGCUGAGUCCCCACGCUCCCCGCCGCGGAAACUCGAGAGGACCAGGCGAGAGCUUGGACAGCAGCUCGGAGACUGACCCAGACGUCCCCGCCGCCCCCAAGAGGCUGCCGGUCCCCGUUCCCCGGGCUUCUCUAGCUUUACCAUGAACCUGGAGCAAGCUUGGCUUUAGGACAAAUUCCGAAGCCGGAGAGGGAGUCAAGACUAUUCUUUGGUUGCUAAGUGUGAGUGAAGACAUCCAGGAUGGCACAGGGAUCCGGGGAUCAAAGAGCAGUGGGGAUUGCUGACCCAGAGGAGAGUUCUCCGAAUAUGAUAGUCUACCGCAAAAUUGCCUGUAGCUGUGAUAGAGACCUGAUGGCCCACAAAACAGCCAAAAGUCUUCAUUAUCUGAUUGAAGACAUUAUUACAAAGAUGCAAGAUGACAAGACAGGAGGUGUGCCCAUCAGAACAGUCAAGAGCUUUCUCUCCAAAAUCCCAAGUGUUGUCACAGGUACUGACAUUGUGCAGUGGCUUAUGAAGAACCUUUCCAUCGAGGACCCAGGUGAAGCAAUACACUUGGGAAGCCUUAUAGCUGCCCAGGGCUACAUCUUUCCCAUCUCGGACCAUGUUCUCAGCAUGAAGGAUGAUGGCACCUUUUAUCGUUUCCAGGCUCCGUACUUCUGGCCUUCGAACUGCUGGGAACCUGAAAACACCGACUAUGCCAUCUAUCUCUGUAAGAGGACAAUGCAGAAUAAAGCGAGGCUGGAAUUGGCAGACUAUGAAGCAGAAAACUUAGCAAGACUCCAGAGGGCCUUUGCAAGGAAGUGGGAAUUCAUCUUUCUGCAAGCAGAAGCACAAGUAAAGAUUGAUCGGAAAAAGGACAAGACAGAAAGAAAAAUUUUGGAUAGUCAAGAACGGGCCUUUUGGGAUGUCCACAGGCCAGUGCCAGGCUGUGUGAAUACCACAGAAAUGGAUAUCAGAAAAUGUCGACGUCUGAAGAACCCGCAAAAGGUUAAAAAGUCAGUGUAUGGCGUGACGGAAGAGUCCCAGUCGCAAAGUCCUGUGCACAUACCCAGUCAGCCUGUCAGAAAAACUACAAAAGAGGACAUCCGGAAACAGAUAACAUUUUUAAAUGCACAGAUUGACAGACAUUGUUUAAAAAUGUCGAAAGUGGCUGAAAGCUUAAUUGCUUACACGGAACAGUACGUGGAAUAUGAUCCUUUGAUAAUGCCAGCUGAGCCAUCCAAUCCCUGGAUCAGUGACGAUAUCGCCUUAUGGGACACAGAGAUGAGCAAAGAGCCCAGCCAACAGCGAGUAAAGAGAUGGGGCUUCUCUUUCGACGAGAUGUUGAAGGACCCAAUGGGGAGAGACCAGUUUCUACGAUUCCUGGAGUCUGAAUUCAGUUCAGAAAACCUCAGGUUCUGGUUGGCUGUCCAAGAUCUCAAGAAACAACCCCUACAGGAUGUGGCCAAGAGGGUGGAAGAAAUCUGGCAAGAGUUUCUGGCUCCUGGGGCCCCAAGUGCAAUCAACCUGGAUUCUCACAGCUAUGAGAUAACCAGUCAAAACGUCAAAGAUGGAGGGAGAUACACAUUCGAGGACGCCCAGGAGCACAUCUACAAGUUGAUGAAGAGUGACAGCUAUGCCCGCUUCCUCCGGUCAAAUGCUUACCAGGACUUGCUCCUGGCCAAGAAGAAGCCAGAAAGUGAGCAAGGUCGUAGAACUUCCUUAGAAAAGUUCACUCGCAGUGUGUGCUGCUGGCGCAGAGUCAGAAUGGCCGCUGCAUUUCACCCCCGAGGUGGCUUCCUUCCAGCAGUGGGGAAAGUCGCUGGCGGGCAAGCGCCUCACGGGCCUGAUGCAGUCCUCUUGACGGUCCCCACCGCAGGGCCUGACCCCGAGGACCACGUGGGCAGGAGGCGGCGCUCCACAUCCUCAGACAGAGUUUCCUUACGGGGAGAGUUGGUCACUGUGAAAGAGAAAGAGUGAGGGCAAUUAAGGGCAAUGGUGGGGAGACUCGGUGGGUGAAAGGGGAGACCUGAAAGAAAGAGUACACAGAGCCUGGGGUCGGCCCGGUAGAGGCCCCUGUUUACAACCCUCUCUUCCUUGUACAGCUGUGUGCCAACACCCCAUUCUCUAAGAGGUCCUUAUCCCUAACUCGCUAGGGGCGAACAUCUUGUGGGGUGUUGUGACUAUCACUUGAGAUAAUAUUCUUACGAUCGUCACUGCUCCCGCUGUCUGGGGGAUCCUGCUGUCCAGCCAACACAGAGGACCAGCUGGCCCCGAGCACAUCCAGCGUUACACCCCAUCUCCUGCUGUCUUGCUGGUGCACCCACAACACCCACCAUAGUUAUAGCCACGUGUGCCCACCACCUCCUGCCUACCCCCACCUCUGUGGCCACCCACCUCACACAACAUGUCCCAAUCACUUGUCAGCACUGAGCAACCUCGGGGAUGGCUGCACCUCAAGUUCUUCCAACCCCCUCAGAGGCCAACUUCUGAAGAGGUCUCGUAGGCGUGGUGGCUGCCCUCUGGUCCUGUCAAGUGUCUCAAGGGUCCAACACCAGAGGAAGCACCAGUGUAGAUGACAGAGCUUGUGGUUCAACAGUGAUACAGAUUCUGACCAUCUCUUUAAAAAUUUCUGAUUUUGUAAUUUAUUCUGUUUUUGCCCACUUUCCUUGGUUCGUUCCCUCACAUUUUACUCAAAACAAACAUGGCCAUGAACUCAGGGGCCAUUGGGAUCCUCCCCUCCAGCAGCCCCAGGUGGAAGCUGGGAGGGUUUCCAGCUGGGAGGGAGUUGCUGGGUCACGUGGCUGGCAGCCCCCACAUUGUGGCAUCCCGAGGGGGCCUGGUGGGGCUCCUGCUGGGCCUGGUCUCAGUGCUUUGUGCAGCUGGAGGGGAAUCUGCUACGGAAGGACCAGGCCAGGGCCAAAUGGUUCUCUGACAGCCCAGCAAAGGCCCGCCACUAAACAAUGUCGGUCAUCAAGGGGAAAAGACAGAAAGCAACACCUGCAAACCCCUGCAAAAGACCCACUUGUAUUCCCUUCAUGUGUGUGUCAAAAUGCUCAUCUGCCAAUUUGGCUGUGAGGUAAUGUAUGUAAAGCACCGAGUCAGGUGCCUGACGCAUAGUAGGUACUUAGUAAAUGGUAGCUCUUACUCUCAUCAUUGUUGUUAUCACGUGACUCCCAUGGGCCCUCAGACAGAGUGGUAUUAAGCAACAUGUUUUUGAAUUUAGACACUCACUUCCCCACCUGCUAUGACUGUCUUCCUUUGAUCUAUUUUUGGCCAUAGGUGAACAAUCUCCGUUUGGAGUGUAUAAACAGCAAGCAUAGAAGCAAAAAAAGCGAUCACUGGUAUUUCUUUACUCCUGUAGGCAAAUUCCCCACUGGUGACCAAAGGCACAUAAGCUUUCGCAGACCCUACCUCCUGGGUGCUCCCAUGACCACCUUUCCAGCCCCCACCCCUAUGCCUUGUCAUAUGCCUGAUUCCACCGGGCCCUGUCCCCAGGGCACCAGACUUCCAUCACAGUGGGGCCACUGUGGGCAUUAGGAGUCUUGGUUAGGACUGUACCCACAUGGGUUCUUGACCACCAUGCCUCAGUUUCCCCCUCUGGGAGUAGUUGCUCUCUCUUCAGUGGAAAUUAGAUGACAUAUGUUGAGUCCUCAGAAUGUCUCCAGAGGUGGCACUAUAGACCCAGAUUCUCAUCAGGCAUUCCAUAGCACCUCAGCGCAGAGCCUGGCACUUGGCAGGUAGGAGAUACUGACUGAAAUGAAGCCCUAUCCCAUAUUCUGGGUCUUUUGACCUGACCUCUCCUUCUUCUACCCUUUUUUGAAUCCCCUUGCUCUUCACACAGACCUCUGUUUCAGAACCAAAUUGCAAUUCAAGUUCCUCUGCACCCAACAUUGCCCAAGGGAAGCUCCUCCCUCCCAGGCUACACUGACACCAAGCACAGAGUAUGUGGACAAAGGCAGCUCCAGAUGAGCAGGUACCUCUGCCCUCAGUUAUCAGGGCGAGGCCUGGAUGCUCCCUGCUCUUCCCCAUGGCUGCAGACAGGGCAGGCUGGACUUCCCCAGUAUCCCUGGCUACUGAUCCUGACUGAUGCUUGCCUGAGACUUGGUCUACCCCGGACAUCCCCAGAGGGCCUGCCCAGAGCCAGGUAGACUGUUGCCUUGAGAUGGAAUGGGCUUCCAGACACCUCUGGGGACAUCCAGAGGAGAGGGCUGGCCAGCAGGCUCAGUAGAGUAAGGGUGCUUCAGAUGGAUUUAAACACAGAGCAAUAACCACCUCAUCCCACCUCCCAGCCAGGCACGCUCAGUCUUGUGACCACCACGCCGUGAUCCCCAGUAGAUCACGCCCAACAGCAGGGUUGUUCUGCCCAACAGGGCCCCUCCAAGGGCAGUCUACUGUGCAGACCUUAGAAUGAAAGGAUGCUUGGAAAAUCUGGUCAUUGGCUUGGUCCACACAGCAAAAAGUUCAGACCAGAUUAGACUUUUGAAGGCAGUUCGGUACCAAAGCAAGUUCCCCUGCUUCUAGAAGCUUCCUUAGCUCCCCUGACUGGGCAUCAUCUCUGGGCCCAAAACCCUUUCCAAUGAGGGUUCACAGUGCAAAUGUCAUGUCAGCAGACCCACAGCCAAGACAUCAGAACAGCCUGAGAAGUGACCACACACCCAUCAGGACAGACACACAGCCACCAAACACUGGCCAUCUGACUGAAAUAACCUUUGUCUACAUGGGAAGAGUAAAAAUGUAUAGGUUGGCACACAUAAAUGCCCAGCAGCAGUCAGAGGGCCUGGCCCACGUAGCAGGAACUCUCUGGGUUGGGCAGAGGGCUCCGACCCUUCCAGAAAGUGAUGCUUUGAUCUCUGGGGAAGGUGUUGCUGUACCCAGGGAACACAGCACGGCCCAGCCCACCAGUGCAGUCAGCUGGCCCUGCUAUAGGCCCACCACUGCCGAGGGGUCAGAUACAGGCCAGCACCCAGGAGGGAACUCUCACAACUCUGAGUUGCUUCUUGGACCAGUGAACGCUUGGGGACAUGCUCCAGGGGCUUUUCCCCUGGCAGGAUUGCUGAUGUAUGCAAACUACCUCACUGACAGGACCCUGAACCAGGAGACUGCCACCCGUCUAGCCCCUUGGCUGAUUGUGGAAGUUGAUGUUUUUCCUAAAUGCACCCCUCCCAUUGCGCUCCAAAUGCAUGGACAUCAAAAGCUACCACUAGGAAGCCUUUCCAGAAGUGAGAAAGGAUUGAGGGCUGUUGGUGUUUGGACCUUGCAAAAUGUAUUGGAAGGAGGUAUUCCAGCAAGGUCCAAGAGCUGGAAAGCCUUAGGGGUGGGGCCAAUAAUGUGCCACAAGCCUCCAAUGGGACUAGUCAAGUUGGAUAUGUAGCGAGGACCAUGUGUGGCACAGUCCAGCAGUGGCCAAAUGAAUCCCUGAUAACUCACCAUGGGACUCUCUGAAGAGAGGCCUGUGCUCAUGUAACCAUGGCAACAGCAGACGCCAGCAGCCUACUCAUUAGUACCACCCAGUGAUAGGCAUUCCCUGGGCACAACCCAGGGGCCAUAAAGUAGCAAAGUAGCAAAUGUAGCAAUAAGAGGCCCAGUACCAUAAAGGGACAGGGUCCAAAUGACCCAGCCUUGGCCCUCGCCCAAACCCAAUGAGGGCUCAGCGCUAGCUGCUGUCAGCUGUCCGGGGAGGGCGGCCCAGCUCCAUGCCCAGGGCUCCUGGUCUGUACUCUAUGCCCACUCUCUGCAUGAUCAUGGACACGUCGGAAUGGCCUUCUCAUAGUGCAUGUGGUCCUCAUUAGUUUAUUUUUCUGGAAUUCGGGGAUUGGACCCCAGAACCAAAC